CCCUGCCUUCUGUCCCAAAUCCAGCCUGAACUCUCAACAGCAGGUUUGAGCUGGCCCUCACUCUGCUGUACACAAAGGAAGAAAAGUAGGCCAUACACCCUGAAGGGCAUUUUCUCUUAUUCAGAAUCUCCUCAUGAAAUGGAGGUACUUAGAAUCAUCAAGGCCAAAACCUUCCAUUAGAGUCUCUGCCAAGAAGAAUAAAGAUGCUCCCAGGCACCUCCUAAGAUGCUGCGGAACAUUUUUCGCAAACUCAAUUUCAGGAAUGGCUUUACUCUUAGUGAAAGCCUCCUGUCUCCUUGUCAUCUGUAAGACACUCAGCCUUAGCCCUGGGUCUCGUGCUGCUGGAAGUGUGGCAUGGGCAGCCAGGGGCCCCGUUUCCCUCCUCCAAGCAGGAGGCACCCAAGGCUGGAAAAGAAAAUCCCAGGUCUCGUGGCUGGGAUUUGAGCAUUCCCGGUGCGGAAAUACCGGUUUAGCUCUGGGCAAGGGAGGCAAGCAGCAGAAGUCAACACUCUGAGCUUGCUAAACGUGAAGUAAGGAAAGGGGCUUAACUUGGAAAUUCUAGACCAAACCACCAAUCAGGCUCUUUGUUCUAAGAAAUGUCCCAUUUGUCAGCUAGAGGGAAACAACUUACAGACAAAAUGUCAUUCUCUACAAAAGCAGUCACCCUUCUUUGUCUUCACCCACAAUAAAAUGGAUGGUUCCCAGGCACCUGGGUGGCUCAGUAGGUUAAGCCUCCGACUUCAGCUCAGGUAAUAUUCUUACAGUUUGUGAGUUGGAGCCCCUCAUCAGGCUCACUGCUGUCAGCACAGAGCCUGCUUCCGAUCCUUGUCCCCCUCUCUUUCUCCUCUUCCCCCAUUCACAGUCUCUCUCUGUCUCUCAAAAGUAAAUAAACAUUAAAAAAAAAAUUUAGGGGCACCUUGGUGGCUCAGUCGGUUAAGCAUCCAACUUUAGCUCAGGUCAUGAUCUCGCGGUCCGUGAGUUCCAGCCCCACGUCGGGCUCUGUGCUGACAGCUCAGAGCCUGGAGCCUGCUUCCGAUUCUGUGUCUCCCUCUCUCUGCCCCUCCCCCACUCACACUCUGUCUCUCAAAACUAAAUAAACAUUAAAAAAAAAUUUAAAACACAGGUGUGUAGACUUCCGUGUGAACAUAGGCUUUCGGGGAGUCAUAUGGUAAACUUAUGUUUAAUUUUAUAAAAACGCAAUGAUCUUUUUUAAAGGUUAAACAAAUGUGUUUUGUAUUCACCCACGUUGACCACCUCCAGCACCCCUCAUGUUUUGUGUGGGUAAAUUCGAAAAUCGAAUUCCUUUGGUCUACAAAUACUUCUAACAGUGGAAGUUUGCUGUGAAUGCUCUGUCCCUCUGCUUGUCUGAACAGAGCCUUUAUUUUGCCUUCAUGUUGGAAAGGUAUUUUCGCUGGGAUAGAUUAAUCCGAGCCUGACUGUCUCUGCUUGUCACUCCACAGGGCCUCGGGCUAAAGCCUUUGGCAAGUCGGAACUGGAGGGAUCACACACCCACUUCUGGGAUCGCAUGGCGGCGGGACAGCCCCGAGAGCCUCAUUCCCCCAGCCAAGGCCUCUCACAUCAAGACACUUCAGCGCGUAGGAAAACCCCCUCCGGAACGACGCCGGGCCCCCGGAACAGUUCAGGGCGAGGGGAGGCCGAGGGAGGUGGGGAGACGUGGCAGCGAGGCCCCAGGAGGGCCAGCCGUUGGCCUUCGGGUUCGCUGGAAACCCUCAGAACUAGCUCAACCCUCCUUGCCAACCAAGCGCACGCGGUCCCCAAAGCCCUGCCCCCUUCGGCCUCCGAACUCCGCCCCCAACGCCGGUGGGCGUGGCCCGAGACACCUCGGAGAGGAUUUCGGCUGGCGCUGACUCCCGCCGCCUCCCGACGGCAGCGCUCCACGCCCCGGGGCGCCAGAGUGGCCCGCCGCCGCCGCCAAGUCCCGGCCACUGUCGCCGCGCGGGCCGCUUCGGGGGCCCCGGCCUGACCCGCCACAGUGCUGGGCACCUUAGAAAUGGGGCGCCGCAUGGAUGCCCCAGCCAGCGCCGCGGCGGUGCGCGCCUUCCUGGAGCGCGGCCACACGGAGCUGGACACGGCCUUCAUGUACAGCGACGGCCAGUCCGAGAGCAUCCUGGGCGGCCUGGGCCUCGGGCUGGGCGGCGGCGACUGCAGAGCAAAAGUCGCCACCAAGGCCAAUCCCUGGGAACUGUCGCUGAAGCCUGACAGUCUCCGGACCCAGCUGCAGACAUCACUGAAGCGGCUGCGGUGCUCCAAGGUGGACCUCUUCUGCCUGCAUGCCCCUGACCACGACACCCCCGUGGAAGAGACGCUGCGUGCCUGCCACCAGCUGCACCAGGAGGGCAAGUUUGUGGAGCUUGGCCUCUCCAACUAUGCUGCCUGGGAGGUGGCCGAGAUCUGUACCCUCUGCAAGAGCAGCGGCUGGAUCCUGCCCACGGUGUACCAGGGCAUGUACAAGGCCACCGCCCAGCAGGUGGAGACGGAGCUCCUCCCCUGCCUCAGGCACUUUUUAUUGAGGUUCUAUGCCUACAACCCUCUGGCUGGUAUGGGCUGCCGUGUGGACAGGCUCCCCGUGGGCGGGAGGGCAUUCCCGGCCCCUGUGUCUGACUAUUCCUGACAUAGUAGAUGCCCGGCCCAGGACCUGGGAGGCUGGGCUGGGUCCUCCGGCUCUCCUGGGUUCCCUGCCAUCCCCCCGCCAGUCUGGAACAGCUUGUGGGAGUGGUGAGGGCCAGUGGAUCUGAUGGCAGUCUUCCCGCUGACCGGCAAGUACAAGGAGGACGAUGGUGGGGAGCCACCUGUGGACUGCUUCUCUGGGGAUAACUGGGCUGAGACGUACAAGAAAAGAUCUAGACACCAUCCAUGGAUUGCUGGAAAGCUCCUACUGAAUCUUUCUACAUUAAUGAAGAUGAGCCUCCAAGACUACAAGAUGCCCCGCUGGGGGACCGGAAGGCCACAUGCAUGCUAAGAGGUUGGCUUCUCAGCGCCUCAGGGACCGGCGUGUGGAUACCUGCCCUGGAGUAACCUCCUGGCACUGACCGCUGUGCCACCCACCCCACCUGCCCAGCUUCUGGAAGGAACACCACUUCAAGACCAUUGCCCUGAUGGAGAAGGCCGUGCACACUGCGGCAGCGCCCCCAGCUCCGGUGCCCCCAGCUGCCUUCACGUGAAAGGGCUGGGGCUGUGGUCCACUCGGCCACUUCCUGCUUGGACAAAGCGGGUGCUAGACCUGGCUGCCCAGCCCGGGAGCGAACCUGGUGAAUCUGUUUCCUCUGCUGCCUGCAGCCUGGUUCCUGUCCUUCCCGAGGGCUUGGGGGGAGAGGGCAGGAGCACGGAUUAGGCUUCCCAGCCUCCUGUCCCGAAUCCAGCCUGAUCUCUCGACACUGCGGCUGGAGAUGGCACUCAUGCUGCUACACACAAAAGAGAAAGAGGGCCACACAUCCCGAAGAUUUCCUGUCACUCAGAGAUCCUUCGCGGGAUACUCGCCACCAAGAACAAUUUAGGUAAAAACCUACCGCUGGAGUCACUACCAAGAAUAAGAGGUCCCGGUGUGCUGUUAAGCAGUUUUAAUAUCUGCUCUGGGUUUCAGCAGUGGCUUUACUCUGGUCUUAGUGAAAGUGUCCCUCCUUCUCUGUAAGACUCCCGGCCCUGGUUUGGGAGGAGGGGAAGAAAGCGGAAGGAAGGGCGGCCAGGGCUCCCGUAUUCCUUGGCAAACCCCGUGUCCAGUAGGGGGACACAGAGGCCAGAGGAGCGAACUGCCAGCGCAGGUGGCGGCUCUCCCACCCCAGCCGUCACGCAGGAGCCAGCGCGGGAAACUGGCUCGCGGAAAAGGAAAGGCAUCCUGGGAAUCCAAACCAAAGCCCAAGCCAAGGUCUUUUUUCUAGGAAAAUUCCUCUUUGUUGUCCACAGGGAGCCAUCCUGCAGAUAGUUUUACACCUUAUAGAAAAGCAGUCCAUCCGUCU